AUGCAGUGUCUAUUUUCUACGGCCGACAUCGCCGAUUUGCAGGAGGAAUUGACGACAACGCAGUUGCCUCCGCAAAGCAGUUUCCUGUGCCCUGGCUCUUCCUCAGUCGUCGGUCGUCGUCACAUCGAUCAGUCUGUGACAAAAGCAACAAACAAGCCGUCGACGACAAUGUAUGUGUUGUCACUUCGUUGUUCCCCCCAUGUGUUGCCGUUAGCGACGAGGCCGAUGCCUCGCCUGUGCACCGCCUCCGCCGCAUUCACCACCAUCGUCGACCUCCUGUCUCCGUCAGUGCCAUUCUCAUUGCCGUCGCGUUUGCCGGUCAUCUCAGUCCAGUGGUGCCCUGCGCCGAAUUGCUGCUACCGGCGCGAUUCGGCGCGCAUCAGCGCACACACGUUCACAAGCACUCAGUCAUUCGUGGCGACCGCUGCACGAGCGUUCGGCCAGGCGACGGCUGUUCUCACGCGCCGCACAAUUCGCUACGACGUCACACAACGAGUGUUCGGACGACAAGUCCCUCAACUGCCUCCACCCGUCGAUCGUAAACACCUUCUCACCGAACACCAUGAACCAACACUCGAUCAAUCGAUAAAUUUUGACGUCACCCGUCGCGACGUUCCUCCGAAUGUCGAACAGGCAGGAAAGUAG